AUGACCUCCUCGCCAGACGGCCUCCUGCUGCCUCCAGUGCCAGAUCAGGCUCCAGCCCAAGAGCAAGCUGCAGCGUCGUUUCGCCAAUCAAAGAUCUGCAUUUGCGUCGAUGUAUCUGGCAGCACGUAUGGACCUGCACUCACGGCUGAAAUAAAGGCAGUCAAGCAAGUGUGCUCUCUCAUACCCCAGAGCAUGUACGAAAACAUAACCAUCAUUCCCUGGAAUGACGCAUCGGAGCGACCGCGGUCACUCUCGCAAAUCCAUACCUUGGAAUCUGGAGGUGGAACUGAUCCAAAUGUUCUUCUGGAGGACCCAGAGUGCAGACUUCUUCUACAGGAAGCAGACUUUUGGUUUCUCAUGACAGACGGCGAGAUAGACCAGAGCGUGGUUCGUCAGUUUGCGCGAAAUCUCACCGACUACGGAAUGCACGGCAAAGCUUGCAUAGUCUCUGUCUUUGGUGAGAAGUUGAUGAAACCAAGCCACUGCAAUAUCACUGUCGGGCUGUCCGUCUUCGCCGUCAGCCCCCACGUAGUGUUUAUGUAUACCGACAUAGACACCAGCAAGACUACUCUGCUAUCCACCAAAGGAUGCUUCUCGAAUCUGUUGCCUGCGGGAAAAAGAAAUCCAACUUUGGACUAUGACACCAACUGGUCCGACCUACCUUUUGUUUCCUACGAAAACCUCACCCGAAUUUCUGUUCCCAGAGCUCAGAAGGUUGAGAAGGACGAGCUUAUUCUCCACGGAAACACUCGCGUCAACAUCAACAAUCUCGUAUCUCGCGAGACGAUUGAUGAAGACCUAAUGCGCCAGAUCAUGCUCAAUGAGGAUAAUAUCAAGACCAUCGCACUGACCGCCAAGAUUAGGGGAGAGUCUGAUAAACUGACCAAGUGGCUGGAUAAGGUCGAUGCCAAGAUCGAACAAGACAGUAUAAGUGAGGCCUUUGGUCACAAAGACUCCCAGCUUCUAAAAGAUACUAUAGCAGAGAUAGGAGAAGCGAAUGAGACUCAAGUAUCCCUAGAUGACUACGGAGCAAUGGGAUAUGGUGCCCAAAACGCAUAUGCCUUCGAACCUUACCCAGCUCACAUUUCAUUUCCCCACGCCUACCAUCAGGAGUUUAAAAAAAGCUCUACUAGAAUGAGAGCCCUUACAGAGCCGAACACUCGUUUAGCUGCACCGGAGAACAUCGGUGGCUACGAAUUUGAACACCUUCAUUCUCUUACGCCUUCAAAUGACCCUUGGACACGAAGCAUUCUGCUCCCCAAAGGCCUUAGCCAAACGACACAGCCCGAUAAGCUGUCUUCCAUUCCACAAACGAAUGAAAAGCCACAGAGCUAUGAACCUUUCACAGAAACAACCACCGGCAACCAAGGCGACCACCUAAACCUUGCCAUUGCAGGGUUUCUGAAACCAACUCAGGCCAGGGACCAGCAUAUUUUAGACUGUCCUAAGUGCGGUAGAGCAAGAGCCGUUAUGACACUUCUCCUCAAAGCACCUGACCAGUCGAUGGCUACCAAGAACUUUCCAUCUGUCAACAGCACGUCAAAACUUGUCUACCCACUGACUAUGGGUAACUAUCCUGAGACGGACAUUAUAUCCGACACAAUUGCAUGUGAUAAGUGUGCCGUGGCUAUGGUUGGAACCAAGAAGGCAGCGCACAAAGAGACUCUUGUGGUUGCUCUGCCCCUCGUGUCUUACAGCAAGAACCGAGAUGCCUGGCUACAAACGGUAAACAUCGCUACUAGUAGACGGUUCCAUCGUUCAGACCUUGCCCAGGUAUUUCUCAGUAUCAUCUUUACCAAGAUCGAGCGCCUUCUAUCAGAAUCCUCCAAGGUUCCCAAUCUUCACAAUGCUUUGAACUGGCAGGCAACCAUGAUCCAGUCCGAAGUUGUACUUCAAGCAGAGAACUUUCCUCAUGUUUGUCAGCUUGGAGUCGGUCUUAUGAACGAAGUUAUCUUACGUACCUACCGGGAUUGCCUUGUACACGACAAGUUCCCACUGCUGCUAAGCUAUCCUCUUGAUGGCUUCAUUGUUACUAAUGCGGCAUUGUCCAACUCGAAAUACAGCGGCGCCCUAUCGCAGCCUAAGCGAAAGUCUGUCGUUCUGCUGCGCUUCCUAUAUCACCUCCUUGAGAACUGUUGCGCCUACGAACAGGAGAACGGCCCUCUUCAGCUACACGCUGCCAAAACACUUAUACUGCUGAUGGACGAUCCCAGCGGCCCACGGUCAUUAUUCAAGUGGAGGUCUCUAAGGGCCUUCUCUUUCCGGUUUGACAGUCUUCAAGAUCUGCAAAAGUACUUAUCAAACCACGCUGUCAUGGACCGGUAUCGCCUGUCUCUCACGGCAGCAGAUCUUCUGGAUACGCCACUCCUCACAGCUACAGGAUUGGCCGAUUUCAGGAGACUCGGUCCACUGUUCAGUUGGAUUGAAAGGGAGGCCGGUAACGCAAUCGCGGUAUUCGUUCACUAUCUCAUGCGUCUUGAUACAACACCGUGUUUGCCAAGUAUUCUAUUCCAGAGAUUGAGAGAGAGGGAGGAAGUCAAAGAAGCAUUGGCAGACCCUGGGUCAUUGAGUGCGAGAGCAGUGGAGAGGCUGAUAAAGCCUUUGACAGUUCUGCAAUAA